CGGUGUGGGGACGGGCGCGUGCGCGUGUCGUGAUGGCUGGCGCUGCUCUUCAGGGCCCCGGUGCCCCGUGGGCUAACCUCACGCACGCUUUGGAAACGCUGGAUUGAACAAGUGGGACGGGAUUCUGAAUUGCAGGACUUCUCAGAGCCUUUAGCUGCUAAUGUGCUCCGUGACUCUCACAGGACAAUACCGGAUACAACAGUUGCCAAAGUCUUUUGACCACCGGACCCGUUUUCUUUUCACGGCGUACCUUCGCGUCGCCGCUCACGCGAUAUUCUUCGGGGAGAGUGUCGUCCGGAUGGGAAGGCGCACCUGAUUCCCCCUCGUUGGCCAGUUCUAAGGUAGCUUUGAGACCAGGAGGGUUAAGAAGGGACCCAGUAUGGAGACCCCAACGCCCCUUGGGUUUGAUGGCUCCCAAGAGGCUGGAUUCUGAGCAGGACCCUGGAGAAGAGGAAGCCUUCCCCAAGCCGUGGCGCACUCGGUUUUCUCUAGAGAAGGCAUAGAGAGAAGCAAGGCAGAGAUGGGACGAGCAGGGAGAAUACUCCUGCCUCAUCGGAGCCACCGGUUUUCCGGAGAGCGCGGCAGCCCCCACCUGCCUGUGGACUGAGCACGUGAAGGUCGCCAGGCAUCCUGGGCCACCCGGAUGAUGCAGCAUGGAGGUGCCAGACCUCACUCGCCCUGCCUCGCCUGCCCGGGACCAGCCAGCUCCUGCCCCUGGACACCCAGGAGCCUCAGGUGGGCAGGUCUCGCCUCACCUGACCCUGGGCCCCGUGAUUCUGUCACCGGAGCAGGGUCUGGCCCCCGCCGUGUUCCUGAAGGCCCUGCCCAUCCCGCUGUACCACACGGGGCCCCCGGGGGGCCUCCAGCCACGUGCCCCCCUGGUGACGGGCAGCCUGGACGGGGGCGGCGGACCCUUUAUCCUCAGCCCCCUGCUGCAGCCCGAAGGCCCCGGCCCCGCCCAGGCGGGGAAGCCGGCGGCCCCGACCCUCACCGUGAACAUCGUGGGCGCGCUGCCCGUCCUGUCGCCGGGCCUGGGGCCCACGCUGGGCAGCCCGGGGAAGGUACGGAACGCCGGCAAGUACCUCUGCCCACACUGUGGCCGCGACUGCCUGAAGCCCAGCGUUCUGGAGAAGCACAUCCGGUCCCACACGGGCGAGAGGCCCUUCCCGUGUGCCACCUGCGGCAUCGCCUUUAAGACCCAGAGCAACCUGUACAAGCACAGGCGCACCCAGACGCACCUCAACCACUCCCGGCUGUCUUCGGAGUCUGAGGGAGGGGGCGGCAGCCUCCCGGAGGAGGGGGCCGGGGCCGGAGAGAGCUGCAGGGCAGCGGGCGCAGGGGACGGCCGGAGCCAGAGCCGAUCCGGGAGGCCCCUCUCUCCAGGCGCCCAGGGUGCCGGGCGCUGCCCGGUGCCAGCCACGCACCCGUCUUCUGUUGCUAAGACCCUGGGUGUGAAGUUGGAAGCCGUUCCCCGUCCGGGGUCCGCACCAGCCGACAGAGAGACCCCCGUGGACUCCCCCGCGCGCACCCUGGCCGGCGGCACCCAGCUGAGGCGGAAGUCGCCCGAGCGGCCGUCCCCGACCGCCGGCCUGCCGUGCGCCCCGCGGCAGCAGGCGGCGCCGUCCUCGGAGAAAGCCCGGGACGUCAGGGCCUCGGAGGGCCGGCUGAGGAAGUGUGAGAGCACGGACUCGGGCUACCUGUCCCGCUCGGACAGCGCGGAGCAGCCGCCGGCCCCCGGCAGCCCCCCGCGUGGCCUGUCGGAGGGGGAGGCGGCCCCGGGCCCGCGGCUGGAGAGGCAGCUGGAACAGCGCAUCGCCUGGCUCAUCUCUCACAACCAGGCCGUGGUGGACGACUCCCAGCUGGACAACGUGCGGCCCCGUAAGACAGUCCUGUGCAAGCAGGGCAGCAUCGACCUGCCCAUGCCCUACACCUACAAGGACUCCUUCCACUUCGACAUCCGGGCGCUGCCCUCCGGCCGUAGGAAGCCCGCCGCCCUGGGCCCGGCCCGCUCUACCUUCACGCCCCCCGACAAGGCGCGCCCAGUCUUCUUCCACUCCGUCCCCACCCAGCUCUCCUCCACCGUGGCGUGCGUGCCCAUCACCAGGAGCAACUCGCUGCCCUUCGUCGAGGGCACGGGAAUGUGGCAGGAGCCGCCGGACCCGCGGGACGCCGGUCCCCGGAGGCAGAAGCCUCUGAGCCCCAGGCCCGCCCCUGCCCGGCCGGCGGACGUCCCCGGCGGUCACCCCCGGGCCCUGGUCAGACAGGCGGCCGUGGAGGACCUGCCGUGUCCCCUCACCGGAGACGGCCCGGCCCCCACAGAGGACCUGGACGGAAGCAGAGCGGCUGCGGGGGAGGGGGCGGCCAGCAGGGGCGGAGCAGCAGGGAAGAAGUGCGGCCAGAGGCCGCUGAAGAUGUUCUCCCAGGACAAGUGGCAGGUGUAUGGGAAAGAGACAUUCAAGAGAAUCUACCAGAAAAUGAAAACCAGCUACCACGGAGGCAAGAAGGCACGGGAGGGGACGGUGGGGAGUGGGACAGAGCUAGGUCGUCCUCUCCAGGAAGAGGUGGCAGGGGAUGAGGGCACAGCCCCAUCGCAGGGCGGGCGGACCCCUGUCCGUGGAGAUGUGUCUGUGGGGACCCAGCCGGGGCCUUGGGGACGUCCACUGGCCCAGGAGGGCUUCCCGGUGAUGGAUCCAGCCACGGAGGGGGAGACGGCGGCCAGAGCAGGAGGCAGGGACCAGCCCAGGGUGAACAGGGCCACCUUACCCUCCACCCUCAGCUGCAGAGAACCCCCCUGUUCGGGCAGCAAGAGCCCUCUGCUUCCUCCAAAUGGGAGGCUGGAGCUGGGGACUCAGCGGCCCGUAGCACCUGGUCCCCUCAAGGGAGGUAACCUAGAGGCUCCCAUGCCGGUUUCGGCAGACCCUAACCUGGAAGGAGGCGCCCGUGGUGGGGGCGGCAAGGAGACCUGCCAGCAGGCCCCAACGGUGUCGAGGCAACCCAGCGGUGGCACUGGGGAGCCCCAGCCUUCAGAGGACAAGCUCCCAUCGGAGAGAAAGAAGCUGAAGGUCGAGAAGCUGAGCUGCCAGGAGCCGCCAGAGCCCGUGGGGGCAGAAGGGGAGACCCCGAGUGGCCCCGGGCAGGCCACCUCCCCGCCAUCUCACAACCAGGACGGUGAUCCUGGGGACAGGCCGGGAGAGCCGCGCGGGAGUGCUGAUGGCGUGGCGGGGGGCAGGGCUGGGGAGCCAGCAAAGCCGUCGGAAGUUUGUGGCGUCUCCUCUGCUAUUCCAUCUGUGGCCCUGAGGCAGGUCCUGCAGGACCCGUGUCCUGCAGCUGUGUCCCCUGGACGUCACCCCCAGCUGGCCACGCAGCCCCCGGCCCCCGGCGUCCUCACUGCCCCGGCAGACACUGCCUUUCCCCCCAAGUACCUGCUCAGGCUGCCUCAGGGUGAGGCCUGCCCCCCACCUCCCACCGCCCAGGGUCCCAGACGAGGCCAGGACCCUCUCUGCAGGAGAAGGUGGCCGGAGGAACAGCCCUCCGUUGUUGGGCCAGGGCUGGGGACCUGCCUGCCGCCCUGCCCAGCCACGGGCUUGGCCUCCGGUGGAGCAGACACCUUCGAGGAGGAUCCCGGCUGGUCCAGGCACUGGGGCAGGAGAAAGGGGGUGCAGGGAGAGGAGAAGCCAGACUUGGAUGCCGACCCCCCAGCUGCAGGGCCGUCCCCUGGCUCAUCCUCCGGUGCCUCCAGGGAGACGACCUCCUUCCUGCCCACCCCAGCGUGUGCCACCCAGAAGAGUGGGACCCCUGAGCCCCGACACCUCUGCGUGGGUAGUACUUCAGCGGGGGCCAGGCCCUCUGGGGGUGUCCUGAGUCCCUGUGCCCUCGGCAGGGAGUUGGGCGGACCUCCCGAGAAUGCCCCGGAAAACCCCCCCUCAGGGCCUCUGGCCGGGCUCAGUUCCUGCUGCUGCUUCCUCACGGCCCCCGCGUCCCCGGGCUGGCCCCAGCUGGCCUCGUGUACCCACUCAGAAACCCUGAGGAGCACCAGGGCCCAGGGCCCCUUCCCAUCCUUGAGGGCUGAGCCCCGACUCACGUGGUGUUGCCUGAGCCGAAGCCUGCCUCUGCCCACAGAGCAGAAGGAAACGACCGCCUCUGUCUACUUGGCUCUGCACUUCCUCGGUGGCAGCACCCGGGACGAGGGUCCAGAUGCCCGGCCCCUGAGCAGGGUGGUGGUGGGAGGACGGACGAGGACGGCCCUGGGAGAAGGAGGGCAGGUGCGGACAGCAAAGCUCUUCUGCCCAGUGGCCUCAGGGAUGGCGUCCCAGGAGCGGGUGUCUGAGCCUGAAUGGAAGAAAGGACCGCCUUGGAGGAGGGCAAAGCUGUUUCGGGGGAGUGGCAAACAGAAGAGGCUGAGCGUCCGCCCCAGAAGGCGCAGAGGGGGUUUCUUACAGAGCCGCAUUCAGCUGAGAGGAGGCGGCCUGCACAGGCCACCCAGAGUGCUGAGGAAAGACCGCCACCUCCCCCCACUCGAGGGGCUGGGCCCACGCAGGACCCCCAGGAAGCCUUCUUCAGAAACGGCAGCUCUCAUCCCUGCCCUUCAGAAGAAUUUUCACAAUAUAACGUAAAUGGGUUGCCAAGCGAAACCACACAUCACGCUCAGGACGCAGCCCUUCAUGACGCCGAUGGAAGUGACCACUGGGUUGGUUGAAACUCGUUGACAGAAUCUGACUAGAUGACAAAUGAGCAAGAGGAAACCGAGGAGGUAGCUCCAGCAGAGUGAGGUACAUACCAGGGAGUGAAGAGAAGGCCUUGGGAAAACGGAGGAAGCCCUAUAACAUUUAGGGGGUGGGGAGUCCCUCUUGAUCUUCCUGUGAGAGGAAACGUAAACUCAAGACUAGCCCAUCAGUCUGCUCUACAGUUUUGUGUAAAAAUGUACUCUGACCCCACUAGCACUUGAUUAACCUCAGUUGAUUUUAGCAGUUAGUUCCCAGUUUGCUGUUACAACCCCUCACCUUGAAGGUUUAUUUUUAUCUUUGUAGGUUCAUCAGCUUAUCUUCAUAGCUUUUGGUUGCAAGAGAAAUUCUCCAAGUCCUUAAUCCCCCACUAUUUGCUAUGAAGUUUUCGUCCCUUUGGUGAAUGAAUUCAUCUUAGGUGAUCUUUCCCCAGUGGCAGUGACUGGAGUUAAUCGGGGCCCUGUUUCCCAAGCUGAUGGGUCAUCUCGGCCUUUGCCUCAGUGCCUCACGUAGCGUUGGGUUCUUAGUAGGUGUUUGUUGAACGAACCACCGAACAAGCAGAAGGAGGUCUCCUUGAGGCUCAGCCCCGUUGAAAGCUUGAUCCAAGUCAGCCCCCAAAACUUCUUGGAGAACGAAGGAAGGCACAGGCAGUCUGCAGAUUUCAUGUCUGAUUGUGUUUUGGAGAGGCGUCAACAACAGAAGAGUCCAGAGGGUGUCUGGUUUGGAUGGCAGUGAGCUAAGCGCAGCAAAACAAACUUGUUAUUUUCUUCAUAAAAGAAACCUUUUCAUCUAAAAAAACAACUUCCAGCUUCCGACUCAGUUUUGUGGCACCACUGCCUUCAACCUUAAGGAUUAUCUGUCUGUCUGAUGCCACGUCAUUUGUACAAGAUGAAAGCUCUGGAGAGGAAGGGAUGGUGACUUUGAACCCGAAGAUGUUCACUUUGAUGUCUUUUAACCUCUCUGACACCACAGAUAGGACCAAGUCUUAACCGGGGAGAUUUGCUUCCAAAGCCAGCACUUGGGUCAAAACAGUCUGUGGUCAGAAUUAUCUUUGAAAACUUUGUAGAUGAAUUACAAGAAUGUGUUGUUGUCUAGAACUCAGAGCAGAAGUUCUCACGCACGAGGUGUUUGAGCACCACCGAGGUCCAGGAAGGCGAGAAGAGAGGCAGGCUGUCUGCGCGGGCUGUUUGAAGAUGAACAGCCAGCUGUCUAAGGAGCCGGUGAGGAUAUGGUGUCCCUGCUUUGCCACACAGCGUUCGCCAUUUGGUUUUAGCAUUAAGCCUUUAAGACCGCUAUGACAUCUUCAUGGGUCGGUUUGUCGUGGUGGGGAUUAAGAUCCUGGCGUUGUGCCUUCUGGGCGGUGCGGGGAGCAGUGUUUCACAAUCCUGAGCGUAGGUGAAAUGUGUGACGGGGCCCUGCUGUGGGGGCGGAGGGUGGUGUCCCUCGUCUGGUGCCAGCUCGGGACUUGGGGGGGGGGCAGUUACUCCGUGCCACCGUGAACCCGCUGGUGUAGGACAGCAGAAGACCAUCUCUUCUCGUGUAGGGGGAAGUUCGCCACCGACCCCGUCGCAAGAACGGCUUCUCCACUCUUCGCCUCCCGCGUUGGGGUCUCACUUAAGAGAAGCUUUGCAGGUGCGUGCACAUGCUCGCACUCGAAGGCUGUUUUUCCAUUAGAAAAAGCAGGUGAAAAACCCGCAUGUCCCCACAGAACGGAUGACACCACCUGAGUGAAAGCAGCUCCCGAUUCUCUUUUGUUGUGGUUACACAAUUCCUGGUACGUUUCUCCUGAUGAGGUCACUGCCCUGAAAUGAAUACUUUUCUUUUCAGAAUUGGCGAAGCGGGGCGGGGGGUGGGGGGUGGCAGUGGAGACGGACACAACAUCAUUGAAUUCCGUUUGCAUCUCAAGUGGGACUUUCGAGUCUCUGGGAGCUUAAAACCCAUGAGCCUGCCACCCUAUUACUGUUCUAAUAUCACACUUCCUGCCCCUGGGUUGCAGAAACGAAUCUCAUAAUUAGGUUCGCCCUGUUUCUGUGUUUAUACGCACACCCCUUUCUCUCUAGCCGCCGACAUAUCAGCUUUUGUUAUUAUUAUUUAUUGUUGGACUCCUUUGUGUUCAGAGGGCCUGCUCCAUUAACUGAGACCCGUUGUGUUUCCUCCAAAGCUGGGGUACAUCAGAGCAUCCCUUGCUAUCGAGUGCUCUUGUAGAUUUCCUGAGAAAUGCGCUUUGUGGGCUGGAAUGGAGAACGCUGAUGUGGUUGAGGGUAAUUCUUUGGGUUUUGCUGGGCGUGUUGGCAGUGGUGCUGCUCCUGCCGGAGCACAGGCUAAAAUUGGGACACCGAAGAGGAGCUGAGCGUGGCCCUGUGCCCGGAUGACACAUCCCAAGUCACAUCGAUGGAGGGAGAUGUUUUAUUGAGCUCUAAGAACUACAUGGUGUUUACGGUUUUGCAGUUUCCUGCAGCCGGCAUGCCCACCGCCGUAAACACGGUGAAGUUCGGGGCCGCGUUUCACACCGAGACUUCAGAAACCGUCCCAGUAACAAAACCCAGAAGGCACGUUCAGCGUCGGAGGCCCGACCACUUUUAAUCCCUCCAGCAAACUAGUGAUAAGGGGCUCCUUCUGCGGAAGGCCACCCGGAUGGUGAAGCUGGUGGUCAACAGUGUCUCCUAAAGUCUCAGAACUCAUGUGCCACCUUCAGAAACGUCACGUCUGUACAUCACCCCUGUGAACGUUUGCUCUUGUCCUUGAAACUCAGAAGAAACACAAAUACGUUUCUUUUGAAGAGAAACCGUUGGGAAGCCAACAUCAUAUGCCGUUGAGGGAGCACUGCAGAAUGGAAACACUAAUGUUUCAUGGUAAAUAGAGCCUGGCUCCAGCCUGCUGUGGGCAGAAGGCCACGAGCCCUGGGAAGAGCCCCUCUGCUGGAAAGAGACCGUGACGUCUUGAGGGGCAUUAGAAAUACAUUAGCACCCGGUUGAGACUUUCUUCCUUCCUUGGUCAGAGAGAUUAUAAGGGCGCCGCUCUCUCACUGUGUGAUUCAGUUUUACUUGUCUCCAAGCUGUGAGUCGCCCCUCCCUGGGACUUUGUGGGCUGCAAUGCCCUUUUCUUGACAAAGGGAAGGGCCCCCCCCACCAACAUCCACUCGUGUCAUCCUAGUCUAGUGUUUCUUUAACUUUUACAAGGCCUUGACUUGUAUAGACUCAAACUCUGCAUUCGACAGAGUUGGCUGCAGAGGCCAUGGGAUGACCCACCUACACAGACCUUCCUUGAAGCCUCUACCUUCUCCUCCUCGUUGGGGGGUAGGGGACAGGGGUUGCCAGAGGCCUCCUGGGCAGCCUCACACUCCAUUUCUGAGACUCCCAGAUAGCGACGCGGAAGCUGCUGUGGCACGCGACCUGCCGAGGAGAGGGGUGGUGAGAAAGACCCUGAGCCCAGGUGCAGCGAGAGGCCGGGCACUCUUCGGGGCUUUGCAGACAUUGGGGAAGGGGCUUGAUCUUGCUUCCGAGGGAGAUGGGGAGCUGCUGAAGGAUUUGGGUGCAGGGAGGAGGGCAGUGGGGAGACCGUCCCCUGGGGGUGCUAAAAAGAUCGCUCCAGGCACGGAGCGGAGCAAGGAUUGUGGCAGAUGGAGUGGACACCGGGACACAACAGAUUGGAAGGCCCUGGAGACGGGCUGGGCACGUUUGUGUUUGAAAAGAGCUGGGGAAAAUCGAUGUUCCACCUAGAGGUACGAAAUAGUGAACUAUUCGUUUUUGGUUAUGCGUGUGAUGCUUCCUUUAACACAUAAAAAGUGUGGCGGAAAAGGCUGGUGUUCGCCGUGGCCACCACCCCCGUUGCCAGUUCCGCCGCAGAUGAAACGGCUGUUCCGAGGGAAUCUGCCAGACCUUAGGCGUGCGUGUGCCCAUGUGCGUGGUUGACAUAACGGCCACAUGCGUAUCUCGUUGUGCAACUUGCUUAUUUUACUCGGCCACAUUCCAUAGCUUUCCACACUGUUAAUAAAUCCAGAGAGACCUAUCUCAACCUUGCAGAUGGGGAUAGAGCCUCUCUGGGUGGGAGCACUUGGAGUUACGGAGCCGCUCUAAUCAGGGGGAGUCUGGUACGGUCAGCAUUUCACUGUUGCGUCACUCCCCUGGGACGUGCUGUCCAUAGUUCUCGGCCCGAGCAGAGCGUUUCUCUAGGGAGAGCUGAGAAGAGGAAUCCCUGGGCCUCUGGGGGCCACGUUGCACAUUUUUGAUCUUUCCAGGUUGCUUCCCAGUUUACAUUCCCACCUGUAGCAUUUCAGAGUUUAUCUUCUUUUCUUGACCUUCUCCAACUUUUAAAAAAGUGCCUCGGAUGCAUAAAAGAUGCUACCUCCAGUGCCCGUGGACAGCAUGGCCUUCCCACCCCACCCGGCAGCCCACUGGGGACUGGGGGGAUGGGGGGUGGGGGGGGCCUUGCCCAGACAGACCACACGGAAGGCUGGCCUUAUCCAAUGGGGAAAAACAUGGAGGGAUGAGAAGACUUUGUUUUUGUUUUAAAUCACAGAGAAGUGAGUUUCUCUUGACUCAACUUUAAGUCCACCGGGUACAAUUUGAUGUUCUCUCCAAAUAUUAAUAGAUUUGUUCCUCAGUCAAGGCAUGACGUCUCAGUCUGCUCCAAGAGAGCUCUGUCACUGCAAAGGACACAGAGCCACGCAGGACUUCCUCUGUGCCUCGCCAAUUCAUUAGACCCGGUUAGCAAUUUGCAGAAGAGAUUAAUUGAUUUGCAGGCUGCUGGGCCCUAAGCGUUACUCAGCUGCCUCCCAGAAAGCUCAGGCCGCCGGGGAGCUCAAGAGAGCAAACAGUAAUAUGUGAGGCUUUGGUGAGAGGCCGAGCAGCGUCUUUGCGCUGCAUUAUAAACAGGAGCCCGAGAGACGGAUUUGUCGGCCCUUUCUGGCUUGGUGUGGGAUUUGGGCCACAGAUCAGACUCCCAGGAUCAAAUGAGAAGGCUCACAGAGCUGCACCUGCCAAUAUAAGGGCAGUGUUCCUCUUUGCAAGCUUCUGUUAUCCCCGGACGGCACCACGGCUGUCUUAUUCUGAAAUGUGGCCACCGGAGCUCCAUGCUCUCUCCACAUUCAGUUGUAGGAAGGACUCUGCAUGUAGGGAAAAGGGACCCAGUUGAAACUGGCCUGGACAAGAACAUCAUCUCACGUAAGACAAUGGCCGCAGGCUUGGCUGGGUCCAUAGGUACCGCCGUUGCCAUCAGGACGGGGUUUCUCUCCAUCACUUGGCCCCUCUUUUCUCUGGGUCAUCAGCAUCGGCUCCUCCGGGGUCUGCCCGGCCUGUCCACGCUCUCUGCCUCACUCCCGGCCCGAGUCCCCAGACCGAAUCUCGCUGGCCUGGUUGGGGCCCUGUGUCUCCUGAACCGAUCACUGGGGAUUCAGGUGGGGAUCAUUCACCUGUCCUUGUGCAGAGGGAUGGGCAGGGCCUCCUUUGCCAGGGCAGCUAAGGGUGAAGGGGGGGGAGCUGGUUCCUCCAGAGAAGAGACGGCAAGGCAGGUAAACCCUACAGACGUCCGAAUCAUACCAUCUCACUCAUGGUUUAACGCAGCGCGGGGUAUGUUUGUGAGCAGUGGAGCCCCCGUGUGCCCCUGGAGAGGGGAGAGGCAGGCGAUGCCGUGUGCCCUCUUCUUGAGGAGCUUAGGGUCUGGUGAACGGAGACACCUUUGUGGCGCAGAUUAGAGUCACGCAGCCUCGGGUUCACAUGCGAUUACAGGGGCCUGCUCUGUGCCAGGCAGUGUGUGGGAGCAGGAAGAGAGGCAGAUAGCAUGACGCGGCCCUUGUCCUUAGGGAGAGCCCAGUCCGGCAGAGGGAGCCGGCACAGACUGGUAAACAAGUCAUUACAAAUGCAAUGCGGUAAGCUCGCUGAUAUGAUUAAGCUUCCAAAUGAGGGACUCUGACAAGGCCGGCUGGAGCGAGAAGGGAGAGGAGGCUAGCAUAAACAGGAACAUGACGAGGAGGGGCCGCGAUGCUUCCGACGCCCAUCCCGAGGGCCCCUCGGCCCGGGCCCCCACUGCAGGGGGGAGGGACGGCAGACCUUUUUCCCCCUCCUUGCAUCAUAAAGAAAUUUUGCCACAUACACUAAACUGCUGGAAAUGGGGGCGCACAGCACUUAACUACUAUUUACUUAUUUAUCUAAAAUGCUAAGUGUUUCCCUUGGCAGUCACCAAUAGAUUCCUGUAGAAACGGAGCGACACGUUCUGAAUUCUAAUUUCUGCGCCAACAGAAGGUGGGAAGGCAAAAGUGGCUAGUGCGCUCCUGGCUGGUUCCGUUGGGGAGGUGGGAGGGCAGGAUGACAGAGUCAUUUAAAGAGAAGUUGAAAUAUGGGUAUUCGCAAGGUAAACGUGUGUUUAUACUAAGGGUUUAAGAGAGAGAGAGAGAGAUCGACAUACCUUCAGUCCCAAACCUGAAAUGGAGACUGUUCUCCUUUUGAAGGACCUCCUGGAAACCGUUCUUAACUUUGAGUUGGAAGAGCCCCCAAAAGGAAAAUCUGAGUCUUGUUCUAGAAUUUUCUACGUGUAAUGCUGAAGCCAGUAGCCAAAUGGAAUCAGAGGCUGAGGCAGAAUGAGAAGUAAUGAUCUCUGGUGUUGGUGUCCAGCAGACCUCCAGAGGGGGUGCACAAUCAGCAAGGAUUUGGGGCUCACCCUGGUGGGUCGUCCCCUCCCCACCUCCACACCUGGUCUUCAGGAGACAGGUUUUGGUUUUGGAGACAGACAGGUGAGCCUGGGGGAUUCAUUCUAACCAGGGUGUUAGUGGCAAGUUGAGGCAGAAUGGUGGCACGAACGGUGAGCCUAGAGGAGAAGUAAUCACCAGUGACAUGUAGACUAACAUUAGAAUGUAUCAGAUCAUAAUGAAGAAGUAAUUCUGUUCUUCAUUCCCCUUUAAGGCUCUUGAUUACAUAUGGAGAAAGUCUGGUUUUGAUGCUACUCUGCCUUUAACACCUGCCUGACCCCUCUUUCCUAAUCUCCCUUUUAGGCAGAGAGAGGUUAGGUUUGAAAUCUAGCUAGAAUUUGAGAGCACAGUUCUGUUUUCAUUGGAUCCAUGUGUACAGGUACCCUCUUACAUUAGACACCUCGUCUUGCCCAGCCACCUUGUAAGAGACCUUAGAAAGCCCGUAAUGCCAGUACUGCCCCCUUCUUAGCCUUUUUUUAGCCCAAGACUGGUCCUGGGGAAGAAAUUUUGGUUUUAGAUUGAGAAGAAUUUGUUUGAGUCCUGACUUUCCCUCUUACUACCUUCUUGGGCAAGGGUCAUCCCUUGUCUUUGUUUCACAUCCUCAUCUGUAAAAUGGGGGUGUAGAUGGGUCUCAGAGGUGUUCACCUAUACUGAUUCAUUUCACCUGGCCCUUGAAAUCCCCCUCGAGCCAGUCUAGGAAUCUUCGCAUUGGGCAGUUGAGAGGCUCAAGCUACCUGAGAUGAUGAGUAGAAAGUGCUUUGUCAACCAUAAAGGACUUUGUGGGUGUGGUGGCUAUCACGACUGACAGUGGGGGCCUCUGUGGGGGGCUGACUUUUCACUCCAGGUCUGGAGAAGACAUCUAUGAGUCAAAGAAUUGAGUCCAUGAAUGGUGAAUUUCACUGGCCUUUGGGGACAUCGUGGGGGCAAUUUAAUAUGUGCCAUGUGGCUGCAUAGGUGCCCCCCCCCCACCUCCCGGUGAGACCCUUGAAGGUGGAGAAGAUAAAAGGAUGGGGAUAAUCCUCGAUGCCCCAGCCCCACCCUGUCUCAGGCCUCCCUGGCAGCCCCAGGUUCUGCUUAGGGAUCUGGCCUUCACCCCAGCGUUGGAUGCUGGCAGGGAGCAUAGGAAAUCUGUUCCAACAACGAGCACUGCUUUCUGCUUGAGCCUUUGGAGAGUUUCCUCCAAGUGUUUUUCCCCAUCUGAGUUUCAGUGCGGCCCUGUGGGGUCAGCAGGGGGACGUGGUGGCUGUUCUCCAUCCCAAUUAGGAGUCCUGCCCAAGUGCACACGUUGAGAAAAAGACACACAAAUUCAAUUCCAAGGUUUUUCCUUUGCUAAAACUCUUAAAAUUUUGGCUUGUUUAUUUCCUUAACUUCCAGAGACAUGAAAAAGUAAUUUUUGUGCCCCCUCCACAUAGACAUUAGUGAUCAUUUUCAGUCAUUUCCAGCUCUCCCUUUUUUGCUACGAGGCACCUGGCGUGCCGGGAAUGGACAAAAGCCAUUUUUCUAAGUACCAGCGUUUGAAAUUAUUAAGUGUUCAUUAAGCACCCCCGGGUGCACAGCACUCUCGGAGAUGUUUGUUUCUCAAUUUUCUAUAAUUUCCUUAUUUUUUUUCCCCUAGCUAAAGGCAGAUUGAAAAAUGAACUCAGUGCAUUUGAGUCUCUGAAUCAUAGUUAAUGUGCGACGCCCCCUCCCUUAACUGCACUGUUUCCCUUCUGCCUCCUCUUGUCUCCUUUGAUUUCUCAUGAAUCCGAUAAAGUUCUUAUUCUUUUUAACCCCUACUCAGGGACUGGAACUUUUGCUUUACUCCUGACGACCUGCCGGGAAGAAAUGGGUGCAAAAGCCCCGGCCAGCCCUUACCCCAGGCUGCGGGUGAGAGCAGUGGAAAGAUCAGGAAGGUGGCACGGGUAGCCUCGGAUGGGCAGUCUGGGCAGGGAGGGGCUGUCGGCAGUAUGAGCCACGGUGCAGGAUGAGCUCAGCUAAUUUCCUGCCUCUCCACACCCCCCCCCCGCCCCCCUCACUGAUUGGCAUUAGAGGGCAGGGGGCACCAUGUCUCUGCGUGGACCCUUCUAGAGGGAGCAAGAAAGCCCAAAGCCCCCCCCUCACAUCCGCCCUCUCGGGCUCCGUGAUUCGGGUUCUUACAUGAGCAGAGAGAAAAGGCUCUGUUUUUUUUCUUUUCCCUUCUUUUUUUUUUUUUUCUUUUGACAACAGCCUCACAUAACCUCAAAAGUUACCCAUGAAUUUACCAAAACUUUUUAUGAAACUAUUUUAACCUCUGGUGGGGGUGAAAAACAAGCUCUGCGAAUUUAUUACCCGGAAAAAGCGAAGCACGACUUUUUAUUUGAUGUGAAAUCGUCUUCCAAACUUCAAGGGAGCCCCCUAGCGCUGGUCUGCGAGGAGCAGGCAGGCACCGCCAGCAGCUGAGCUCUGUCCCCUUCUGCCUGGCGCCUGAUGGCGGGUCUGGACGUGGGUCUGGACGUGGACCCGAUCUCACCUCGCCUGGGGGCCUGGGCACGCGGGGGCUGCUCUGAAUACCAGGGGGGGGCCCUGGGCACAAGUUUGUCUUAUGCUCUUAGUGGUUCAGGUGGCUGAAAUGUGCAAGGCUGCAGCCAAAAGAAGGGACAGCAGGGUUUAGAGACAGAAGCCCUGCUGCUUCCGGAAACAGGCUGGACCCCUGCCAUUGUCAGAGCAGGAAGACCCCUAGUUGUGUUUCUCGCGCAUAAGUGCUGUGCAUGUGUGCAGACGAUUGCACACAUGAGAAAUGAUUGCAGAGGAGAGGAGGUGGAAGCCGUGGCUGAGAACAGGAGGGACAGAGAGGGGAGGAGAGGAGGGGGAACAUGUGAAGAUGGGGGUAAGAGAUGGGAAGGACCACGCGGGGUCCUCAAGGACCUUUUCCGGGCUCAAGCACCGUCCUGAGGCAUGUGAUGGAGAACCCAGGCUUCUGCCGGGUCAAGCUCCCUGUCUCCAUACUGAGCAGGACCUCCGGGUCUCUCUCUGCCAACGAGGAGACAUUUCUCUCCUCCCCAACUAAGAAGCACACCAGCCUCUCGUUCAGAAUUGGCCACGUUUUUAAAAAGCACAUGUAAAAAUGUUCAAAGCAAACAUCUAGAAGACAGGCUGCAGCAGCCUGGCUGGCAGGGGCCACCAGCUCACAGCCAUCCGGAGGGUAGCCUGGGGGC